AUGUCAGUUUUAUGGUUAGUUCCUGAAUUUGUUUUACUAGGAAUAGCUGAGGCUUUUAAUCCUGUUGGGCAGGUUGAGUUUUUCUACUCUUAUAUCCCCAAGUCCAUGUCUAGUUUUGCAAUGGCUCUUUUCACUCUUGAACUAGCUGUUGCUCAUGUAGUGGGAAAUAUGUUGAUGAGCAUUGUGGAAAGUGUCACUAGUGUAGGAGGGAAGGAGAGCUGGUUAUCAACGAACAUUAACAGGGGCCAUUUGAAUUACUAUUAUGCACUGCUCACUUGCUUAGGUAUAGUUACCUAUCUUUACUUUCUUGCUGUUUGUUGGGCAUAUGGUCCAGCUCCGGGGGAAAAUCUUGAUGCUUCUGCAGGCAAGGAAGAAGAGCAAUUUGAUUACAAGGAGUUACCUACUUCAUAG